AUGUCAAAUUACGGAUUUUAUAAAAAUGGUAGAGGUGCGGGACAGCAGCAACAAUGGCGCAAUUAUGGUCCACCUCAAAAUGCGUACCUACAGCAACAAGAGCAGUAUGCUUAUUACGAUCAACCACGACCCUCUAGGGGUAGGGGUGGUUACCGUCGAGGCGGUAUAUCUAAUAAGCCCAAGGAGAACGUGCGCGUUCCUUUAGAUGUUAAAGAACGUGGGACGAUGCCGACAGGUCAACACCUGUCUAAGACGAAUUCGGAACUUAAGAAUGAUCCUCUUUAUUUAGAGGCUUUCUUUCCAGCUCCAUCCGAAGAGCUUGUUCCGAUAGCUGAAGAGUUAAAUCAUUUUACGGGUUUUGAUGACCAAAUUUUCAAUGCGGACGAAACCGGUCUAUACUGGAAGAAAAUGCCAAGCCGCACUUACGUAGCUAAACAGACCAGAUCGGUGCACGGGUUUAAAACAGCAAAGGAGCGUAUCACGCUCUUACUGUGUAGCAAUGCAUCAGGGGACAAGGUUUUAAAACCUCUAUUAGUGAACAAAAAUUUAAAGCCGCGAGCUUUGAAAGGAAUGGAUCUAAAGAAAUUGCCAGUACAUUGGAUGGCAAACAAAAAGGCUUGGGUGACCGCAUCGCUUUUCAAGGAGUGGUUCGAAAAGUGUUUUGUGCCUGAAUUAUAUACGUUUGGCUACAGCUCGCAUCCUUCCAUUAAAAUUCACUCAAUGGAGGUUGUGUGCAACCAAUGCGGUGCAUUGAAGUUCGCUGGAGAAACACUUGGACUGUGCUGUCUCAGUGGCAAGGUUAAAUUACCACCAUUGCCGUUGCCAAAAGAGCCAUUGCGUUCUUUGCUUAUUGGUGAAACACCAGAAUCACGUCAUUUUCUGUCGAACGCUCAGAAAUACAACGGAUGCUUUCAAAUUACUUCAUUUGGAGCAGAUAUUAUUCAUGAACGCGGAUUCAAUCCGACAUUCAAGAUCCAAGGCCAAAUUCACCAUCGAAUUGGAUCAUUGCUACCACUUGAAGACGCACAACAUAAAUUCCUUCAAAUUUACUUCAUGGGCAACGUGGAACAUCAACUUGAUCAGCGCCAAACAAUCAAUACGGAAAUGAGAAGAGGAAUUCUUCGCGAUUUGCAGCAGCUGCUUCAUGAACAUCAUGCAUUGGUUCGGUUAUUCAAAACUGCGUUGGAUCGCAUGCCAAAUGAUGACUAUAAAGUCGUGAUCAGAGCGGAUAAACGACCUGCUGGAACGCACGAACGCCAAUUUAACGCUCCAACAAUAGAUGAGGUUGCAGUUGUGAUUGUUGGCGAAAGCCGGGAAUCACGCGAUAUUGUGCUCACACGUCGGGACUGUGGGCAAUUGCAACGAAUAUCCGAAACUCAUCGUUCAUACGAUGCAUUGCAAUACCCACUGAUGUUUUGGCAAGGAGACGAUGGAUAUUAUAUCAACAUCAAUAUGAUAAAUCCAUCGACCGGUGAGGAAACUACCAGGAAGGUCAGCGGAAUGAAUUUUUACGCGUAUCGUUUGAUGAUUCGCCAAAAUGUUGACAACUAUUUGCUUCGAUUUCGCCGAUUAUUUCAGCAAUUUUGCGUCGAUAUGUAUGCCAAAAUAGAAGCGGAGCGCCUCCUUUUUAUCACUUUAAAUCAAACCAAACUACGUACGGAGCAGUACAUUCAUUUACGCGAUGCAAUUAGCACCGAAGGAAAUGCAUCUGAUUUUGGUCGGUUGACUACUUUACCGGCGACGUUCGUUCGCAGUCCACGUCAUAUGCAUGAAUAUACGCAAGAUGCAAUGACAUAUGUACGUCAUUACGGCCGUCCAGACCUGUUCAUCACCUUCGCGUGCAAUCCUAAGUGGAUAGAAAUUGUUCAACUGCUGCUUCCUGGCCAAAUACCAAGUGAUCGGCACGAUAUCACCGCACGUGUAUUCAGGCAAAAAAUCCGGUCGCUCAUGCACUAUAUUGUUAGGCAUCGUGUCUUUGGGGAUACUCGAUGUUGGAUGUAUUCCAUUGAAUGGCAAAAAAGAGGCUUACCGCAUGCGCACAUUCUCAUUUGGUUAGUCGAAAGAAUACAGCCAGACCAAAUUGAUGACAUCAUAUUUGCCGAGAUUCCUGAUCCCGAAACCGAUCCAGACCUGCAUUAUGUCGUAAUUACAAACAUGAUUCAUGGACCGUGUGGCGCUAUUAACCCACAAUCACCGUGCAUGGUCGACGGCAAGUGUUCCAAGCGUUAUCCACAAAAUUUGACCGCUGAUACCAUCACUGUAUCGACGUCGAUCUUCUGA